CGUCGCUCAGGGUUUAUGGGCCUUGCAUCAGGGUUUUGUCUACCGGAGAUUUGGCGUUGUUGAUGGAGCGAGGCGAGCGCAGGUGAAGAUCACGAAGGGUCUGAGGUUGGAGUUUGCAGGUGUAGAGGCUGCGAUCACAAUGAAGACGGUGGUGGGGAAGGUUGUGUCUAACAAGAUGACGAAAUCCAUCGUCGUCGCGGUGCAGCGAAUGUGGCAGCACCCUCGCUACCCUAAGCUCGUGCGCCGCACUUCCAAGUUUAUGGCUCAUGACGAGACCAACGCCUGCAACAUUGGCGAUGAGGUGAGAUUGCAAUCUUCCCGGCCUUUGAGCAAGCGUAAGCAUUGGAUAGUUCAGGAUAUAAUUCGAAGAGCCAGAAUCUUCCAGGCUCCGGAUGUGUCACAGAUUACUGCAGCAAAGUUGGCGCAAUCGGAGGCUAAAGCUGCGUCGUCUACGGCCCCAGCCUCAACACCUUCUACCCCUGCUAGCUAAAUGGACGCAUGUCGUGAAGAACGAACGAUUCUCCUCUAAAGAGUUUAAGUUUCACCCCGAAGAUGCUUAAGAUUUAGGCUCGUACCUGGUCGAUGGUGAUGCUCACAGUUCAGGAUUUCGAGUUGCAAGAGCAGGUUACCCACUACGAUGUCAGAUAUUUUUUAUGAAUAGCGAGGGAUUCACAACUGGGGUACCCCACUGUACCUUAGGCGAGUUAGAUUCUUUGUAAAUGGCGUCGUCUUCCAACAGUCGGUCAGGAUCUCUUUCUGGAUUGCAUUUCUUGGACUCGCGAAGGUUUUAAAAGCUUGUUUGAACCUCUCGUUAAGUUGAUGUCUAAUUUAGAUACCAAUGAAGAAAUACGAUCAUACUAUGUGCUCUGGUGAUAUCCCAAGUGAA